AUGAAGGGUGCUGAGUUGGGGAUCUGGCAAUUUGCCAGUGGCAAGCCGGGACUGGGGGACAUGGGGAAGGGGCCCCCUAGGGCUGUCGCUGGCUCUCGCGCGGGGACAAUGGGCGCUUCGGCUCGGAAGCGGAAAUAUGAAGAGGGGCUGGACUUGAGCCAGCUGCCCCCCGAACUGCUGCUGGAGGUCUUGAGCCACGUGCCCCCGCGGUCGCUGCUCGGGAGCUGCCGCCGGGUGUGUCGGGGCUGGCGCGCCCUGGUGGACGGCCAGGCCCUGUGGCUGCUGAUCCUGGCCCGGGAUUCGAGCGCCGAGGGCCGCGCUCUUCUGGCUGUGGUCCGCAGUUACUUGCCCGCAGUCCCGAUCGCCCUGGCCCGCUUCUGCGAGCGCCGACCAAUCGGACGAAAUCUUAUCCGCAACCCUUGCGGCCAAGAAGGCCUUCGGCAAUGGGUGGUUGAGCACGGUGGGGACGGCUGGGUGGUGGACGAAAACAAGACAACCAUACCUGAGGCCCCAGCGCAGACCUGCUUUGUCAGUUCUUACAGAUGGUGUAACAAGAAGCAGGUCUUGGACCUGGAGAAGGAAGGUCUCUGGCCAGAACUGCUGGAUAGUGGCAGAAUUGAGAUUUGCAUCUCUGACUGGUGGGGAGCCCGACAUGACUGUGGCUGUCAGUAUCAGCUUACUGUCCAGCUUUUGGAUGCCAACCAGACUGUCCUGGAUAAAUUCUAUGUUGCCCCUGAUCCUAUUGAGCAAUGGAACAACAAUGCCUGCUUUCAGGUCACCCAUGUGUUCUCCAACAUCAAGACAGGCGUCCGCUUUGUGUUUUUCCAACAUUGGGGCCAGGACACGCAGUUCUGGGCAGGCCAUUAUGGAGCCCGGGUGACUAACUCAAGCGUGAUUGUGCGGAUCCUACUGUCCUAG